AUGGGCGACCACAGAGACCGUUCACGCUCGCCAACGAAGCAUAGGGACGAACGGAAGAGUGACCGGCGUGAUCGAGACCGGGACCGAGACCGCGAUCGUGAGCACCACAAGAGCCGCAGCGACCGCGACCGCGAUCGGGACCGUGACCGCGAGCGUCGGGACAGGCGCGAGGACCGUGACCGCAAACACGACCCCGACCGCAGUCGCGGUCGCCGCGAUGAAACUGAAGAAGAGCAGCGGGAACGUAAGCGCACCAAGCGCGAGCGUGAGCGGGAUCGCGAGCGAGAUCGCGAGGCGCGGCAUGCCGAGCGUCGUGAGCGGCGGCGGGCCGAGGAUAGCGUGCGCGUCGUCGACGACGACGAGGCGGGUGGCGACUGGGUCGAAAAGGACGUUGAUGCGGUGAGUGCACUUGGCACGAUCCCGACAGCCGACUCACUCCCUCUAAAGUCGAGCGCGGUGGCGCAUGGCGAACGUUCUCCCCCAUCGCUCGCGACCGAGACGACACGAGAGAGCUGGAUGCUCAGGGCAGAGGAUCACGUCGUGUCGUCGUCUGUUGCGCGCGAUGCCCCGGUGCACUCGGCGGGCGACUUCUUCUCCGCGCUCGGGACUGAGCACAAGCGCAAGGACCCGAACGAGAAGAAGGCCGAGCCGCCCAAGCACUCAAAGUACGAACUCAACACCCAGAUGCUUGAGGGCAAGACCGUUGAUGAAUACAAGGCAGAGGACAAGAAGUCGGUGCAGGCCGGCGGCCCAGGAUACCAGUGGCGCAUGAUGAAGUUGAAGCGCCUGUACGAGCAAGCCGAGGAGCAGGGCAAGACUGUCGAGGCGAUUGCGCUGGAGCGCUACGGCUCGAUCGAUGAGUUCCGUGAGGCGGUGGAGGAGCGACGUGUGCUCGACGAGCGCGAGGCGAAACGCAAGGUGCGCCGUGGUGGUAGCGACACGGGCAACUCGAGUAGCUCCGGGAUGCGCACACCUGACGCCCGAGGCGGGACACCAGCUCGGCGCUUCCUCUUCAACGACGACAGCAGGCCGCCUUCGCGGCAGGGGGGCUUCAGGCGGCCAGGUGAGGAGCGGGACUCGACACCGAGCGGACGCGUGGAUGCCCUUCGCCGUGAGGGUGGCGGUGCCAAGCCAACGGGCCAGUUCGGCACGCCGGCUGGCGCAACGCCCAUUCCUUCUGUGUUUACGCCACAGGCGCUCACGAGGGGACCAUCCGGCGAGGAGAUGGCACGACAGCUUGACGGGCAGCCGGUCAUGACAAUCGAAGAGCUCAAUCGCCUCCAGGCAAAGGUGCUGCGGGCCAAACUCACUGACGACCCGGACGCCGAGGCGCUUGAAGAGCAGUAUGACAGCGAGCGUGCGCGGUUCGACGACUCGGGUGCGUCGGCGGAACCAACCCUCCGCACCGACGAGAAGGGGAACAAAGUCGAGGUCGCCGUUCUUCCCACGCUCGAUGGGCAGGGCAAGCUUUACGAUGUUGGCUUGGGGAAAGAGGAUGAGACGCCCCACGGCAAGAAGCGCAAGAAGGAGCCCAAGUUCGAGACGCGCGACCGUGAGGGCAACCUCUUGCGGUACAAUGCGGAUGACGAUGACAUUACGCUCGGUGAGAUGGUCCGGCAGGAGCGGUUUGGCGGAGGCGCGGCCGACCAAAAGAACCUCGACGCUGAGAUGGCCGCGCGCAUUGCCACGGACGCGCGCUUCGACAACAAUCUCGACUACAUGGACGACAAUGCGGAUCGGCUCGCACGGCGCAAGAUGAAGACGGAUGCGAUGAAGCGCCAGUUUGCGAUCAACGACUACCGGCGCACCAAGAAGGCACUGGACGAGUGCCCAUUCUGCUUCCAGGAGGACCGGAAUCCAGACACCGCCAUCGUUGCGCUCGGCAAGCGCACGUACAUGUGCUGCACGCUUACAGAGGAGCUUGUGCCAGGCCACUGCCUGAUCGUGCCUAUUCAGCACAACCUCAGCACACUGCAGAUGGACGACGAUGACUGGGACGAGGUGCGGAAUUUCAUGAAGUGCCUCAUGCGGAUGUGGGCCGCGGAGAACAAGGGCGUGCUGUUCUACGAGACAAUCUGCUCCUUCCGCAAGCAGCUGCACACGUACAUAGAGUGUGUGCCAGUCAAGGCCGAGUUGUUUGCAGACGCGCCGGCGUUCUUCCGCGAAAGCAUCCUUGCGUCCGAGUCCGAGUGGAGCCAGCACAAGAAGCUCAUCGACUUCUCCACACGACCUGGCGGCUUCCGGCGCAUGUUACACCCGAACGUGCCAUACUUCAUGGUGCAAUGGGACUACAAGGGAGAGAAGGGUUACGGACAUGUCAUUGAGGGGGUGGAUGAUGCGGGUGGUGCGGCGGAUGACCCAGAGGGCAUGGUGGAUGAGGGAGACAAGGGUGGUGGGCGCUUCCCUCCAUACUUUGCCGCUGAAAUUAUCGGCAAUAUCCUCAACCUCGAGCCGCGCAAAUGGCUGCGACCGCGCAAGAUGGACCUGAGCCAGAACAAGGAGCGUGCGCGGGCGCUCGGCACAAAGUUCCAGCCGUACAACUGGACGGUGGCGCUUCAGGACGGCGCCGAAUGA